AUGCAAAAGUAUCUGCUGCCGCCCUUCUUAAGAAAGAUGCUUGAUAGCGUUAAGCAUUUAAAACUACUUCAUGAGGCCUACGAAGAGUGGUAUUUCGAACCCACUAAGCUGGACGACUCAGAUGAUUGCCAACUCUCCUCUUCUAUUUACUGUUCAGUGUAUCGUCAGUUAGAUAUCUGGGCUUUAGAGGAGGCUGACUUGAAUCGGAAAUAUCCUUUGUUCGAAAUCAAUAACAAUAUGAAUCUGGAUCGGCUUCGGGAUGAUGGCCUCUAUUUGUGGAAAUGCGAGGUUUGUUACUUUUUAUACAGGCCAAGCUAG